AUGGACUGGACCGGCGGAACACGUCGCCGCUACGCGCAGGCCGGUAAGAAUAUCGUCGUGCAAAAGCAAAAAGCACACUUCGCGAAAGUCCGCAGCGCUGGCCAUCCCCAUCCACCGCGCUCCAUGCCAGACUUCAUGCGCGAGGCUGUCGAGUCCAAGAGCUAUCGACAGGCCAAGGCAUCCCAGCAGCAUCGAGGAAGUACUACUCUUCGCUCGGAAGGCGGCUCACGCAGCUCAAGAUCUUCUGAGGCUCGUUGUCGACGUCGAGCUGCAGACGUGCGGGAUCAAGCAGUCCCAGCUGACAUGACGGACGAAGAACGCAAGAUACAAAGCGCCCGUCGCAGCUUGCUGGCACGUAGCGAUUGGCUCGGUCUCAAUGCCUCGAGGCCUGUGAAGGUCCAAUUUCCGGCAGAGCGAGACGUCGAGAGAAUCGGAAAGCGGCGCAAGGUAUUGAAGACUUCACGGAAUGGUCCACGCGAGUUUCAACAACGACGUGUGACGCCUCCUUUCCAGCAUCGAGAGCGCCUCAUGCAACCAAUUUUAAGCGAUGAUGGUAGGGGCGAGAGCAUUGACAUCAAAAUCGGCACCGGGGCUCUCGCCGGUACUCAGACUGAGCUUUCUCGUCCACCUCAUGUUGUGGCAAACACCAGCAUGCGCCAGCCAUCUACGGAGUUCGGGCCGCUCUCCGAAGAAUCGAUGCUCAUGGGCGAGGAAUUUGACGACGUAGGUACUACAGCUGAGCGACUUUUCUGCACUGAUAACAACCGUACGUCACAGUGCAGUGCACUUGAUGAGCAUCAGGACUGGAAAUCUUGCACCGGAUAUGCCGCUGUAAAUCCCUUGGAACGAUGGCCAGUUAUGCAGCAGACCAACGGCUUCGAUCAAGAUACACCGCAUGUGCCUUCCGAGCCCAUCAUACUACCGCAUGAUGCUCCAUUUCGUGAUGAGGAAUUUUCGGACAGCGUAGCACUCGGUUUGGGCGCGCAAGAUGUGACUCGGCAGCAUACACAGAAUGCCCUUAUAGAUAGUCCAUCGUACAGGUACAGUCCACAACCAACCGCGAUCCCAUGUGCCACGUGGGACAUGGCCGGAGCGACGGUACUCGACGACGAAGGGCUAUGGCGCAGGACGCUGCGCAUCAGGACAGAUGCACCUAGUGAGGCUUCCAUCGCGGCCUUGAAGUCUUCUAGCUUGCACCGCACGCAGUCUGCAUUCAGUAUUGCGCCCCAGCGGCCAGUUGAGUCGAUUGGCGCACUGAGACAGAUGCAGUAUACGCCUACACCGCGAGUUGACCCUCCUGCGAGGAGAUUCGGGCCUCUGUCGAAAGGUUUGGAUGAAACACCGGCACUCAUAUCGAAACUCAUGCCGGCUCGCUCAUCGCAUGCGACGAAUGACGAUGAGGGACAGAUCGAGCCUUCAGCCGUAGAUGGUGCAGAGGAGGAAGAUGUCUUAUGGAGAACCUUCAUCCUUGGCAGUCAAAGCUCCGACAGCAACUCUUUGGCGUUUAACAAUAAAACUCCUGACGAAGAAGGCGUCUCUGACCCUGCACCACGGCUAUUGUGCGAUGCUACAAGUGAUCAGCCACGGUCUGAUCGGGUUACCGCAGGCGGCUCGAUCUAUGAUUUGGCGUUAACGACAUACUCUGCACCGGCAUCGUCGACACAACAUGGCAUCGAAAACACUUCACUGAUGGGUCAUGCAGCCACAGCGCAUCAAGAAGUGGACGACAUUGAGGAUGAGGACGUGCCUCAGCCUGUCAAGCCCCAAAGACUGAGAAACAACAUCCCUGCGUCAGCCAAGGUGCUCGACUCCAAGCGAUUCAUCAGGCGAAAGAAGCACAGCCGCCCAGGUGCUCUUCCGAAGCCGUCCAGAUUCCAGCCAUCUACAAGAUUUCGCGCUACACCUGUGGAUAAGUCUGUGUAUGACAUCCCGAGCACAAGCGACUAG